AAUCCUUUGCUUCUGAGCUUGUCUCCUUUGUCGGCAUCCAGGCUCGCAAAUGUAUUGGUCGACAUCGUGUCUGCAAAGGCCCCGUGACUUCAAGGUAUCGAGCCUGGCGCUCCAAAAGCCGCCAUGGAGGAUGGACAGAAGAACCUCCAGGAGGCGUGCGUGAAGGCAGGUACGCGGGGCCCGUCCCAGUCCCCAGGAAAUGCCAAACUCGAUAAGAUCAAAUCCAUGGCCGAAGCGGUAGCAGCUACAUCCAGCUCCCCGGGGGCAGCUGCCAGCGGCGACGCGGGCAACCUUGCUAUCCUGCAGGCCAUCGGCGUCCUGUCAGACAAGAUGGGCAAUAUGGCCCUGAAGAGCGACCUCGAGGAACCCAGUUCUAUUAGGCUGUGGACCCAAUCCAGGAUCUCGCCCACGAUCUCGACGCCCGCGUGGCCAACCUCGAGGACAAGCCUCCUUCAGCCUCGCCCCUUCCUUUUCCUUACGCCGUCUUUCAAGGAACGUCGUCUCGCUUUCGUGGGGUGGCCGGAUGGGGUCUCGGAGGAUACCAUGAUCCAGGAUAUGGAGAAGUUCUUGAAAACGCAUGUGUCCUCGUUCCGCCCAGUCGAUUGCGGCAGCGAAUCCACAGGCCCCUACAACAACCAGAAAGUGUCCAAGGGAUCGUGGGUCGAAUUCUGCAGCCCUGAUUUGGCUGAAUAGUUUUUGUCCCGCGCUCAGGCUUCCAAGGUCGAUCUUCGAAGCGAGGGCAACAUGCAGUUGGUCAUGUCAGCCCGCACGCAGAACCAUAAGAGACGGAACUACGCGGUCAGUAAGGCGGAGAGCUUGAUCACAGAGUCGGGCGAUUCUUCUGGCAAUACCGUGGAGAUCUUGUAGAAGGUGGACGGUUCGCGCGAGCGGCACGAGAUGGUAAACAAGGAUGUUGCUUGCAAGCAGUGCCAGGACGACCUCAAGGUUACCCUCCUGUCUUUUAUCAUUCCGGGUUGUCCUUCCCACUGGGGUGGCACGGGUCAGCUUAUCAAGAGAAGUUGUUCUAUCAAUCGCGGCAGCAUGAUGUUCACAGGCCUCGACAUAUGGCAACCCGGCGACUGCGUCGCCGAAGUCCUUGUUCUUUGCAUGUUCUGCAGCGCAGGGCCCGCCAAUGGAAUGCCAACCCGGGUGUCCAAUGUUUUCUUGAGCAAAUCCGAGAUUGAAUCGCCAGUCCCAAAUGUAAGUUUCACCAUCAUGCACGUCAGUGUGCGUGGGUUUUUGGUUAAGAGUGCUGAGCCCAGCAACCAGCUGGAACUGAUAGGGCGGCCAGGCUUACUUGCAUUUUCGGAGCGUUUUCCGCGCCACUAUACUCGCGAUGAUUUUGGGGGCGGGGUGCGACCUUGUUUCUCGCCUUGACCGUCUAGGCGGUGUAGGAAAGGAGGAGGUCUAUCAUUAUUUCCCCAGCUCCAUUUAUUAUGGAUCAACUAUUUGCCAUGCUCUUGCUUCUGAAGAUCAUCAGAGGUCCUGGCAUGUUAUUCACACGCAUCAUGGAAUAUGUUUGCUUGCUGUGUGGUGUCGGCCCUCUUGUAGUGGUGAAGUUGUUUCGACUGGGGUGCGCUCGAAGAUCUUGCGGUUGCUGCUGUAGCAGUUGGCGACAUGAACGUCCACAACCAGCGGUGGCUCCAGCUCUCGAGCGGGCACUCGCCUGA